GCGGUCCUACGAAUCAUACGCGAUUUUCUCCGAUUUUCACGAUUAGUUGUGUUUCGUAAAGGAAAAUGGGGCGAACUUCACGCGUUCACGGGGGUGAAUUUUAAUUUCUCGAAGUGGUUCCAUUUGACAUAAUGACCAAUGUAAAUGUGGCACGAACCUCCUCAACAGUCGCCAAAAUGUGCAGUGCUGCAGCAGUCGUCCAAGCAAAGAGGGCCCGCCGAAGGAUCGUCGCGUCUACCGUUCGCAAGACGUUGCGCACCCCAAUCACCUUCACGUCGUCCAUUCCUGCACUUUCCACCACCCCCUAAGCACCCACCCCCGCAUUCGGUUAAUCCUAGAAUGUCCGAGGAUCACUUGCUGAGCGUUCCGGGACCCUCAUCAGCACGUCAACCUCACGAGCCCUCUUGGGAGGUUCCUAAUGACUACUCGUACGCUUACUACGAACCGGGACCGGCUAAGAAACACACAAAUAUUCCUAAUAAGUAUCCCGGUGGUGCACCUCGGGAUGGAGCUUACAGAGAGGGUUCUUAUAGAGCCAAACACACCUACUUAACAAGGUACGGCACCGAGGAGAAUAUCUACGAGGAAAUUAGCGAGGUAACCAGAGCUAGGAUGCACGCCGCCGCCCAGCAUCAACAGUCGAUUAUAUCCCUCAACCAAAGCCUCGUCGAGGAGGAAGUGCGUAGAGUGCAAUCGGGACACAGACGCGUCCUCGGCGAACUGAACCUCUCCGUCGAGGCGAUGCUUAUGCCCAACUCUCGCGAAGGUAGUGACGAUACCGACCGGGAAACGGACGACCAGCUCGCGGACCUACUAAGUGUCGGGCCUACGGACGAACUUCUAUCGCCGAUUCCGCCGGUGGAUUUAGAUAGUGGUUUCAGUGGUAGUUCUAGUGGUGCUAGUUAUCGAAGUGCGGCCGGUAGCCUGCGGAGGGGUCCGCCCGAUCGGAACAAGUGCUGCAAUGCCGCGACGUCGAAAACUUUACCUUCGGAUGGUACGCCGUCGAAAAGCUUCUGGAAUCGAAAGGCGUGGAAGAAGCUGGCGGGGUUUUCCAGCAACGUCAAUGUAAAUAAGCAGCAAGAAACUAAUCGAGUGCAUUUCUGGGGUAAGUGUAAAUUUGAACCGAUUCGUAGAUCUACAGCAAUACAGUAGGUACCAAGCUGCUGAGAAGGCAGAUCCUUUAGCCAAGAUUUCAAGAAAACCUGGGAAUGUAUACAUGAAAAUGAGCUCAUCAGAUUGGAUGAUGAAAUGCACCUGUUUUGUGGUUUUUUGGUAUUUUUUUUGAAUUACCGUGUAUAUAGAAUCGUUGCGGGGUAAAUUACAAUGUAUUUAUCAUUAGAAUAUUCGUUCAAUUUGAAUAUUAAUUUACAUUUAUAUUGGGGUUUUUCAGUUAGGAAGAUUACAUGGAAUUGUUUACUUUAUUUAAAGUGUAACCUAUACCUAACGCUUACAUCAUAAAUAAAGCAGACUAUGUAUUACCUGCGUUUGACAGUAUGUUUUGAUUUAAAGUUAUAAUUCAGGCAACGUACCGAUUUUGAUCUGGCUGCCAAUAUUCAAAUUGGCAUUUUAUCUGAGGCCGAGCUCAACGUUCCC